CCAGAGAUCAUCAAAAAGAAGGACGCAAUCACAACAGCCACUGAUAUUUGGAGUUACGCGGUUGUUCUAUGGGAAAUGCUUACGCGAGAGGUGUGUUUGUUCACAAUUAGACGUGGUGGUAUCAUUCUCGAUAUGAUUGCAUCAUCUGAUUGUGCAUUAGUGUGUUUGUUGCAGAUACCCUACGAUGGUCUGGCUGAGUACUGCAUAGUUCGUGAGGUGACUAAGAACGGUGGAACUUUGUUUGUUUACAAAUUGUUGGAAGAUAGACGCACGAGAACGAUACGACAUUCGUCNGGCAUUAAUCUAUCAGCGUUUCUACCGUUUCAGACUGGGCUAAUACAGGUCGGGCAAUUUCGUGCGUGCACACGUCGUGCCCUUGCCGUGUCUCCGAGCUCCUCUUCAAGAGCUGAUCGUCGUAAUUUUCCGAGUCACGACAACGAAACAACCAGUUGA